AUGGCUAUUUCUGGAAAUGCUUUUGUGAUCGGAGGAGGCAGCGGAAUCUGCAGAGCCACCGCAAUUGGUUUUGCCAAAAAUGGCGUUAAAAGGCUCCUGGUUGCAGAUUUAGAUCUAGAUAAUGCCUUCGAGACGGCUGAACGGUGCAAAUCCGCGGCUCAGAACCCUGACUUUGUCGUCAAGGCUAUUGGUGUCGAUGUCGCACUUCCGGACUCUGUCCGAGACGCUGUUUCCACGAUGGUCAAAACCUUUGGGCGAAUUGACUAUUGCGUCAAUGGAGCAGGGAUCACAAGCCCAGUACCAAAACACAUAAUGCAGGUCAAGUUCGAUCAGUUCCGAAAGGUCCAGGAAGUCAACGUCAACGGGACCUUUCUUAUCCUGAGCACCGUAUCAGCCGCCAUGGCAGCUCAAGAGCCUCGUCCAAAUGACGAGGAGCAAUCGAGCCGAGGAACGUCGCGCGGAAGCAUAGUCAACGUGGCGUCAGUCCUGUCAUUUGGGGCCAUCCCACGAGCUUCCAGCUACACGAGUUCAAAGCAUGCCGUGGUGGGCUUGACUCGAGCAGCGGGUUCCUCCCUGGAACAUGCUCUAGCCCUCGACAAUCUAGAGAACGGCAUUCGCGUCAACUGUGUCUGCCCAGCAUGGGUGGACACGCCCAUGACUCAAAGGGCUUGUGACAAAACACCAGGCUUCGAUCGCUUUGUCCAAUCCCAGCUACCCAUGGGGCGAGUGGCGACGCCAGAGGAGAUUGCUGAUGCCAUUCUGUUUCUGAGCAGUUCCAAGGCGAGUUUCAUUACAGGCAGUAGUCUGAUGGUAGAUGGUGCUUUGUCUAUUCGAACAUAA